GUGUUUGUGUCUGACCUCCUGGACUCGGUACAGAACAGGGACGUGCCUAGCAUUCCCCAGCAGAAACUGGUGUUUGUCACCUCCAUUUUGCAGAGUUCAGUCAAACUACUGGACAAUGGAGGGGCCAGGAAGCAGCUAGUUCCAACCAUCGUGGCUCACCUCAUCUCAUUCAUGAACCACCAGAUGCAGCGCUCCGCCUACAAACAGGAUGACCGUGGCAACCAAGAGGCGGUGCACUGUCUUGGGCAGCUGCUUAGCUCUCUCAGCAACCAUCAGCUCCACAGGCUAGUCCUCCUUUUCCCUAAUUUUCAGGUGUACAACGAUUCUGACUAGCUGUUUUUCGCAGAGUUAAGAUUUGUGGAUUCCAGCAACUAAUGUAAAACUCAGUAAAAGUACACUGCAUAAUAAUGUGUUUCUCUCCAACUUUCGUACUUACCUUCUCCCCUUGACACUGUUACAGAUCAUCAGAAGACAUUCUCUACGUUGUCCCUCUCCUCCUCCCUCUCUUGAGACUCUGCAAAGACAUUCCUCGCAACAACAGACUCUCUUCUCCUAAUAUGGUCAACUUCCUCAUGCUCCUGGCCCUAAUGACAGACGACCAUUUCAAGUCUUUCUUCCUCUCACAGCAGUCACAUGUCGAGAACAACUUCGGGCCCCUGGUACUGGACCUAAUGGAGGUACUCCAAAACUACGUGGGGAAACCCCCUUACCCCGAGGACUGGUGUACUCUCUACCUGCUCCAGAACAGG